UCUAAUUAAUAAUCAACUAUAUAUAUGGUUCUAAUACUUCACCCGGUAUAAAUAACCAGGUGCAGCAGCAUAUAACUUCCCCGGACAGUAGGCAUUUCGUUAAACGAUGCUGAAAGCAGCCGCCGCCGUGUCUAUUGCCGGAAUUUGCAAAAGAUGACUGCAGGCACUAACAACAAGUCGGAAACCAUGGCGCCUCGAGCUCUGGGCAACACAGAGCAAAACUGGUGCCGUGCAGUGUCUUCCGGCACCGGAAUCACCGUGCUAGCACUUCAAAUGGCAAAAUCACUGUCGCCGGAAAACUCAGACCUGGACAAGAUCCUCGACAGGGUCCAAAAAUCCCACCCUCUUCUCCGCUCCAAACUCCAUUACAACCCAACCACGAAGUCCUUCUCUUUCCUCGCACCCACCGCCCCAAAAAUCCACCUCGAAUUCCACGACGCGCCGCCGCUGAUAACCAAUCACAGCCCGGACCUUUCUCCGCUCCACUCAGUGCUUGAGCACGAGAUGAACAGUACCAACUGGUCGGAACCCAGUUCGUUUCCGACCGACGGCGCCGAAGUAAUCCUUGCCACCGUGUACAAAGCGCCGCCGUCGGAUGACGUGGCGGCGGCGGCGGCGAAGUCCGUGGUCGUUUUGCGAUUCCACACGUCGGUAUGCGACCGGACGACGGCGGUGGCGUUGCUCAGAGAGUUAAUGGAGCUGGUGGCCGAGGAGACGACGGUGGUGGUGGAGGGCGGCGGCGGCGAUGGUGGGAUAGGGAAGGUAAUAAAGAACGAAGGGGAGGGUAAAACGGGAAUUGAAAAUAUGAUACCGAUUGGAAUGGCAAAGAAGACAAUAUGGGGUCAUGGUAGGGACAUGUUGGGGUAUUCAGUGAGCUCGCUUAGGCUUACCAAUUUGACCUUCAACAAUUCUAAACGCCCUAGGGUUUCCCAGCUUGUGAGACUGCAAAUCACCAAACAUCAUACCGCCCUACUUCUUGCUGGAUGCAAGUUUAGAGGGAUUAAACUAUGUGGAGCUUUAUCAGCUGCUGCAUUGAUUGCUGCACAUUCCACUAAACUCACAUCUGAUCACAAACUCAAGAAGAAAUACGGCGUCGUUACUCUCAUCGAUUGCCGCUCUCUUCUCGAACCGCCUCUUUCCGUUCAUCACUUCGGUUUCUACCACUCUGCAAUACUCAACACGCACACGGUAAACGGAACGGAGAAUUUCUGGGAUCUGGCCAAGGCUUGCUACACGGCAUUCGCGAGUUACAAGCAAAGCAACAAGCAUUUCUCCGACAUGGCAGAUCUGAACUUCCUCAUGUCCAAAGCAAUGGAGAAUCCGAGCCUGACUCCAUCUUCGUCGCUACGGACUUCGCUGGUGACGGUGUUCGAGGAGCCGGUGAUCGACAACUCCGGCGAGAUACGGAAGAAGAUAGGCGUGGAGGACUACGUGGGGUGCGCCUCCACACACGGCGUGGGCCCCUCCAUUGCAAUGUUCGACACCGUUCGAGACGGGGAGCUCGACUGCGCGUGCGUUUAUCCGUCGCCGCUGCACUCGAGGGAGCAGAUGAAUGACCUCGUUGACCGUAUGAAACGGAUUCUGAUUGAUGGAACUUAUUAAGAUUUGAUUAAUAAUUAGCGUCUAUUAAUUAUUGAAUAUUAUUGUUUACGUACUAUUAAGCUAUAAUAUAUAAGCUAUAUGUAUUGAU